AUGCUUCGACUUCGAGGGAAGGUUGAGCCUCCUAAGCAGUUUUUCAGUCCCCGAGACGGCCUUACACGGCCUUGCGGACUUUGUGAGAAACUAUUCAACGAAGAUCUAUACGGCGAACUCCAGUCCAGUAGCGAUAGUGAGACUGAAAUCCAGUCAUCCUGUGAGUUUCUAGCUACGGAUGUAUAUCAUAGCAUGCUCAAUGGCUGUAAUCUAUGUACUGUCCUCGGCAACUCAAUCCUAACCGCCGCAAAAAAUGAGAUCUCUCUUCUUAGUGAAAGAUCUUUCAUCCUACAUAUACCAUGGUACCAAGGACAGGAGACAACUACAACGACAUCUGCCGAGCCAGACACGCCACAGGGUAACCGCGAUGAUGACCACCAGCGAGGUUCAGCUUAUGAAUACCUCAUGGGGACAUUUGAAAGCUCUGCUGAACCCGAAGAUUCCACAAAGCUACAAACGAGAGAAGCCGAACCCGACUUGACCUUUCAGUCGCUUGAUUGUAAUGCAAAGAUAAAGCUUACAAUAUCGAUUAUGAAAGGCAAGUAUUCGACUGGGUUCGAUCUCAUCAAUAUUGAGAUUGAGGCUACGCCUAGUGAAAAGUGCUCUAAGCCUUGGAUAUUCAUUCCUCCUUAUGGUGGAACGCUCUGGCUCGAAGUAAUAUCUGAUGCUAGCCAGAAAGUCUUCAGUAAGGAAUGGAAAGGACUUUCUGCGGCGGGUGGAGAGUGGCCGCGUGUAGUACGAGGAUGGCUUGAUGACUGCCAGCACACCCACCAAUGUACCGUGAAUAGCACAUUUCGACCCACGCGUCUGAUAGAUGUCGGGGAUCCUCUGCAUCCACAUCUUGUCGAAACUGGCUCUGUAGAAACAGAGAAUUAUGUAACUUUGAGUUAUGUGUGGGGUGCUAAGCAAAACUAUACACUAACUCGAGCUACUCUACCGACUAAACUCGAUGGCCUUGAUAUUCAAAGCAUCCCUUCGUCAGUCGCAGAUGCUAUGGACGUUACUAGGCAACUAGGCUUUCGCUAUAUAUGGGUUGAUGCCCUGUGUAUCAUCCAGGAUUCGCCCGAGGACAAGCUUAAUGAACUGCCGUUGAUGGCGAAAAUAUACCAGCACAGCGCCAUGACUAUUUCGGCGGCUAACUCGCCAGGAGCAUCCGAGAGCUUCUUGAAGCCACCACUUCCUCCAGUUUUCAAGGUACAACCAUUCCACAUUACCAUUGGAAAAGGUGUGCCUCAGUUCCCGUAUAUAAAAUUAAGCCUAGGUUUUCGGGAAGAAGCCCCUGACUUGAAAGAUCCUAUCGAUUCGCGCGGAUGGACUCUACAAGAGUGGGCACUCUCUUCGCGCCGCUUACGGUUCACUUCCCAGGGGAUCCAAUGGACAUGUAACAAGCUAAUUGCCGAUCCAAGUAGCCUGAAAGAGCACCGAGACCCCCCUAUUCAAUUCAGUCCAGACGGGUAUGUCCAGAACUACUUUGGAGAAGCCUCCGCUAUUAUUUCUAGUCCAUGGGAAUCGAGACUGUCCCAUAGAUAUGCGAUAGAUGAAGCAUAUAAACGGAGAGAAAUGUCGAUGACAUGGAUAGAGAUACGGUCUCAAUAUGCACAACGAUCUCUCUCAUUUCCAACAGACAAGCUUUCUGCCAUUUCGGCCGUUGCUGCAAUGGCAGCCGAGGAUAACGGAAUGACCUACCUUGCAGGUCUCUGGAAAGAAACACUUCUAGUCGACCUCCAGUGGUAUUACAUAUUCCGGUCCUACCCGACAAACAGCCUCUCGACCGUUACCACAACCCAAGAGCCCGGUGACGAAUAUACCGCUCCGUCUUGGAGCUGGGCUAGCGUGAAAUACGAUAACGGCACUCUCUACCCGAAACAAUCGAGAAAGUGGGCGACCGAUCGUCCAUGGUAUUUUAAAAUCUUAGACUGCGCCGUUACACUUAUUGACGGAAGUGAUUUCGUGUUCGGUCCAGUUAAGUCGGGGUAUCUAGACGUCGAGGGUAGGGUGCUAGAUGUCGAGUGGGAGCCAUGGACCGAGCACACGGUGGCUCUAAAUAAGCUUGCGUUGUACGAGUCGCCUCGAGAGAAGUCUGAAGAAAGGCUCGGACAGGCAUUCCUAGACUUCCCAUUGUCGUGUUUGGAGAAGGGGUUGAAGUUCAAAUGCUUAAUUCUGACAAAGGCAGACUUGGUGUAUACUCAGGUGAAGCCAGAACGCUAUGGCGACGUAAUUUGUGCACAUGCCCUUUUGCUAUUGCCACGAUCAGAGCCGAAUACCUACAGGCGGGUUGGUCUCUGUUAUCUCAACGAAGGUGGUUUGUGGGAAGAGACGACUUUAGAGUCGAUUAGAAUUGUUUGA